ACGUCAACUACCUAUUAGCCGUGCACUUGUUAGCUUCUUGUGGUAGCUGUUACUUAGAAUAUCGACUGUUUCUUUACUGGCACCGGUAUCGUUUACUUUUGCAAACGCGACAGGCGGUUAGCUGACUUACAGAUUUUCAAGCGAAGUACGCAAAAAACACCCAAAAAAUCUAGAUAUGUCUACCUCUAGCUGUCUUAGCUAACGAAGCGUGCUAGCUAGCAUAACACCAACAGCGAUUUCGUGAAAGUUUACAUACCGAAUAUUAAUGGCAGACUGCUGGAACACAGACACCGGAGAGGCCGUGUAUCGGACUCGAGAUGUUGUCAAAAACUUGAAAAUAAAGGUGUGUAUUGAGAGGGUGACUUCGACAACAGCCCUCUCUCAGCACCUCCAGUCGCAAACUCGGAUUCAGCAAGACCGAGGAGCUAUUGAGCUGGAAACCCUCACCUCACAAUGCCAGACAGAUGAUAACGAAGAGGAGCUGGUGGUGGGCUGGCAGGAGAAACUUUUCAGUCAGUAUGAAAUGGAGCUGUUCCAGAACGAGGCAGCAUGUCAGACCCCUCUGGACCGUCAGUACCACACAGAAGUCAAGGCACUAAACAAGGCCAAGGGUCGACGAAAUAACAGAAUUUUCACAUACACUGAUCAUGACCGCUACACUAACAGUCUUCCAUUCCAACAGCUGAACUCCUCUGAAUUAUUGACCACAACCAAAUCUGUUCCCACAUACCUUGCUGAAAGGAUGGCCAAUGUGAGACACAGGCGGCAGGACAGACGCACGAUGGAUUGUAGUGUCCCAAAAUCAAAGAUCAUCAACUGGGAGCCCACAGAGGAGUUUGUGAAGAGCAAUCAUGUGUUGACUACUGCUAUGCAGACUAUGCACAUCAUGGGAGACCUGAGUCCCUCAGGCAGGCUGGGCCAGAAAGAAAAUGAAUGUUUGCUGGUAACCAUCAAGGCAGAUGGCACUGGAACAGUCAUUGUGAAACCUGACUUCAGUAAAGGCAAAGAGCCCUACAGGAUCAUGACAGGUGGGGAGAAGAGAGACGUUUGGCGUCUCACUCUGGAGAACGUAUCCACAGCCAUGAAACCAGAGGAAAAGGAGAGGGAGCAGAGCAUGUACAAAGAUCUGUAUGUACGACACAAGGAGUACCUCAAUAGCCUUGUUGGACAGGACUUUGAAAUGCCUCCUGCAGGUGUUCUGCGGUACCUGAUGAAUGGCGAGAUAGUCUCAGCCAAAGGAUUUGAAUAUGAUAACUUAUAUAUCCACUUCUUCAUGGAACUGCCCAACAACUGGUCCAGCUUGCCAUUUCAGUCUCUCUCAGGAGUUACCCAAACCUGUCGGACCAAAACAUUAGGGAAGGAAGACGUCGCUUUCUUCAGUUACCCUUUCAGCUUUGAGGCUUUCUACAUGUGUGAAAAAGAGAGCGAGGAGUCAGUUCCCCAGUGGCCUGUGCUCUACUUCAAGGUUCUUUCUCUGGACUCAUGGCAGCGCUAUCGAACUGAAGGCUAUGGCUAUCUGCUUUUUCCUGCCAUUCCUGGUAAACAUACAGUGACAUGCCAUACAUGGAGACCCCUUCAGACGGGCACAGUCUCCGCUCUGAGGCGCUUCUUCAUUGGAGGUUCUCCAGAGCUUGAAGACCACAGUUAUGUCAGAAUACCAGGGACCUUCAAGGGGGAGAGGCUGAGUCGCUUUGGCUUUUGUACUGAAACCACAGGAAGUGUCACCUUUAAUUUGCACUGCAUCCAGCAAGCCAGGGCCUUUGUUGAUGCCAACAUGCUGAAGAAGAGGAGGCAGAAAGUCUUUGACCAGCUGGGAGGAUUUAGUCAGCAGGGAGCUGUUUGCACCAUUCUGGAGGCCUUCCAGAGGGCCAGAAGAAAGAUGCAAGAGGCCCGAGAAGCUCUUCCCAGAGAUCUUAUCAAUGCCACCUCUGAACUCCAAAUUGAAUCCUCUGCGUAGGUGUGAAAAACAGCGAAGGACUGAAGCCAAACGUCUUACCAUACCAUUUGGUGGAUAAGAAUUGAAGUAACAUUACUAGCAAGAUGACAGGCAAAGCCAGUAUGCCUUUUAAGUAUUGUAAAACCACCUAUUGCAUUUUAUGUACAGUCACUGUUUGAGAUUUUAGUAAAUAGUGUAAUUUUCAGAGGUAUAUACAGUGAGGCUUUUGGAAACUGUUGUAACAGAGAGUAAAAUACUUGUUUAGUAUUGGAUUGUAUAUUUUCUAUUAGUUAUUCCAAACAGAAUCAUAUCUGGUGUAUAAUAAACGUUUUAUAUAAAGUAUUAACACUA